AUGGCGUCUACAAACAUUCCCAAGGAGAUGAAGGCGAUCCAGGUUGUGGAAUACAAAAAGCCAUACGAGAUCCGAGCAGUCGACGUACCUCAGCCAGACCAACUAGCACCAUUGGAUCUCCUCGUUAAGGUCGCCGUCGCAUCAAAUUGCCACACAGAUUCCAUGGUCCAGCAAGGAGUCUUCGGCACACCUUUACCACAAACCGCAUCUCACGAAGGUGCUGGCACAGUCGUGGCUGUCGGAAGCGAUGUCAAAGAGUUCAAGCCAGGCAUGCGAGUAAUGUGUGGCCUGCCUUUGCACCCUUGUGGUGUUUGCCACGAUUGCUUAGGACCAGAGAACCAAAAGCAGUACUGUAUGAGUCUUGCCUCUGGUCACAUCGGCGUUCAGACAAACGGAUGCUUCGCCGAGUACGUCAAAUGUGACUCGCGAUCGACCACGCCCUUGCCGGACGAAGUGUCGUUCAUGAGCGCCGCACCGCUGGCUUGUGCUGGCCGGACAGCAUACCGGUCAGUCAUCAAGACGGGUCUGAAGAGUGGUGAAUGGAUAGCCUUUGUUGGCAGCGGAGGUGGUCUUGGUCACCUGGGGAUUCAGUUUGCAAAAGCACUAGGCUAUAAGAUCGUUGGCGUUGAUGCGAGAGAUGAGGGUCUGGAGUUGACAAAGCACUAUGGCGCAGACAUUGUAGUUGAUGCGAGGAAGGGCAAAGAUGAAGUCGUGAAGGAGGUCCACAAGGUCACUAACGGCAUGGGCGUCGACUCAACCGUGACACUGUCAGACCACAAAGAUGCCGCAGCGAUUGGUUGUGCUAUCACGAAGAUGCAUGGAACCAUGGUCCAGAUCGCACAACCUGACAACAUUGAGAUUCCGUUCCCGGAGAUUAUCUUCCGAGAUAUCAGGAUAAUCGGGUCGUUGAUCUCUUCGGCGGACGAGAGUAAGAGUAUGCUGGAAAUUAUUGCCAACCACGGCAUUACGGUCACAACGCAUCCCUUCGAGGGUUUGGAUAAGAUUGGGGAGCUGGUUGAGCUUGUGCACACUGGAAAGUUGAAGGGCAAGGCUAUCAUUAUUGUGGACAAGGAGCAGAUCGAGCAUGAGAAGAAGAUUGGUGCGAAGUAUUAG